UUAUAAAAAAUCAAAUACAAUCAUUAGUAUUAGAUAUAAUAAAUGUUGCAACCAACGAUCAAUUAAACCAAGUUAUUAAGUUGCUUAAAGAACAAUCUGAUACUCGUCUUCCUUCUAAUAAUAAUUUUACAAAAGUUAACACUAUCAAAAAAUAUUCUAGUACUAAAUGUUAA